GUCUGCGGGGAGUCCGAGCCGGGGCGGGCCCGAGUCAAAGGCAAGUGAAGGUGGAAGCAACCGCGGCGGCAGCAGCACUUCCUUCUCGCCAGCCCCCACCCCAGCCUGGGCAGAAGCCAGCUCCGUGUUGUCCUGCAGGUCCCUCCAGCCUGUAUUGAUUGAAGCCUAGAGAGGACGCGUUCUCUGGACUCAGGGACCCCAGAGUCAGGAGGAGUGAGAACCCUGACCCUUAAUCCCACUGAAUCCAGCCAAUAGGAGCCCAGCCACCAUGGCAGAGCUUCAGGAGGUGCAGAUCACAGAGGAGAAGCCGCUGUUGCCAGGACAGACCCCUGAGGCGGCCAAGGAGGCUGAGUUAGCUGCCCGAAUCCUCCUGGACCAGGGACAGACUCACUCUGUGGAGACACCUUAUGGCUCUGUCACUUUUACUGUCUAUGGCACCCCUAAACCCAAACGCCCAGCGAUAUUCACGUACCAUGAUGUGGGACUCAACUAUAAAUCUUGCUUCCAGCCGCUGUUUCAAUUUGGGGAUAUGCAGGAAAUCAUUCAAAACUUCGUGCGGGUUCAUGUGGAUGCCCCUGGAAUGGAAGAGGGGGCUCCUGUGUUCCCUUUGGGAUACCAGUACCCGUCUCUGGACCAGCUUGCAGACAUGAUCCCUUGCAUCCUGCAGUACUUAAAUUUCUCUACAAUAAUUGGAGUUGGUGUCGGAGCUGGAGCCUACAUCCUGUCGCGAUACGCUCUUAACCACCCGGACACAGUUGAAGGUCUUGUUCUCAUCAAUAUUGAUCCCAAUGCCAAGGGUUGGAUGGAUUGGGCAGCCCACAAGUUAACGGGCCUCACCUCUUCCAUUCCGGAGAUGAUCCUUGGGCAUCUUUUCAGCCAGGAAGAGUUGUCUGGAAAUUCAGAGUUGAUACAAAAGUAUAGGAAUAUCAUUACACAUGCACCCAACCUGGAGAACAUUGAACUCUACUGGAACAGCUACAACAACCGCCGAGAUCUGAACUUUGAGCGUGGAAGUGAAAUCACCCUCAAAUGCCCUGUGAUGUUGGUGGUAGGAGACCAAGCACCCCAUGAAGAUGCAGUGGUGGAAUGUAACUCAAAAUUGGACCCCACCCAGACCUCGUUCCUCAAGAUGGCGGACUCUGGAGGUCAGCCCCAGCUGACUCAGCCAGGCAAGCUGACUGAGGCCUUCAAGUACUUCCUGCAAGGCAUGGGCUACAUGGCCUCAUCCUGCAUGACUCGCCUCUCCCGGUCUCGCACAGCCUCUCUGACCAGUGCAGCAUCCAUUGAUGGCAACCGGUCCCGCUCCCGUACCCUGUCUCAGAGCAGCGAAUCUGGAACUCUUUCUUCAGGUCCCCCAGGGCACACCAUGGAGGUCUCCUGUUGAAUGACCCUUGUUGCCCUGGUGUGGGACCCAGCCCUCACCUCCCACAGCACUAACCUGGGAGGCACAUGAGGGCACUGGGCUAGCGUAAGCAAGGGAAAUGGGCAGAUCACUGUUGGGGAGAUGACCUUGAUCUUUGAUUGCUACCCUAACCUUGACCUUUAACCUGUGAUUUCCCCUAGCUCCUGGGAGAGGUGCCUAAUAUCUCUUAGGGACCCAGACCCCUAAAUUAUCCCCUCUCCCAUUUUGGUGUUGUGGAGGAGAAGGCAUGUAUCCUCUCUCCUUGGCCUAGUUGUCUGUAGAUGAGGGAUAAGAGGCUGUUGUGGCUGUCAUGGUGCCUGGAUUAGACUCCCUACUUAUCCCAUAUUUGCAAGGGCAGGGGAUUUGGGGCUGGGGCUCCAUUCACCAAAGCUGAUAUGGCUUCUUAUUAACUCCUCAGGGCCCUAAAGGGAAUGGGCCUCAAUGAAUGUGUGUCAGAGGAGGCUAGCUGGUGGGUUACUGGUCCUCAGAAUGUGAUAAAAUGUCCAGCAUAUAAAGAGGAAGUUGGAAUGGGAGAUAGUGGCAAUGAAUGAUAUGAUGGAAAGUCUGGAGCUGGGGGCAAUGGGAAGGGGCCUGGGGCCAUUUGGCUGCACUAACUUUGGUAGCUGUCAGUGUGUGUCUAGAGUGGGAUGGGGGAGGAAGCCAAGCUUGAGCCAGGAUGCUUGGGGCUUGGCAGAGGGGUGGGAAGGGCUAUGCUGGGGCUCUGACCACACUGUGUUAUUCGUGGAAGGUGGCCUCCUGUCUCCCACAACUUCUGCUGUGACAAUAAACUGUAGAGAAAUCUGA